AUGGGGCUUCGCGGUCUGGGAUUCUGGGUCAGAACGCCUUGGUUACGCCGACACGCCUCAACAAAGGGGUCAUCUGACCAUGAACUGGAGCUAGCGAGGACGUGGCUGAAAACUUUCAACUCCAAAUCCAUUCCCCGUCAGAUCGGUGAGCUUUCCUUCAGCCGCUCAAGCGGUCCCGGAGGCCAGAAUGUGAAUAAAGUCAACACGAAGGCAACCUUGAAAGUCCCCUGGACUGACCUCUUCCCUUUGGUACCGUCUUUGCUCCACUCACAGCUGCGCACAUCUCGCUAUGCCUCCGAGCGCUCCCAAACCCUAGUCAUUCAGUCCGAUGAAUCCCGGAAACAAGCAAGCAAUGUGGAUGCAUGUUUUGACAAGCUCCACCGGUUGUUAGAGGACGCGGCCAAAGCCGUUAUUCCCGGGGAAACCUCUCCAGAGCAAAAGGACCGAGUACAAAAAUUACAACGUGCGCAGAAUGAGGCCCGCAUCAAGGCAAAGAAAUUACAUAGCAGCAAAAAGGGGAAUCGCCGCGGAAAUAAGUACGAUGAAUAA